AUUUUGAUCCCCUAUCACACCCUUCAGGUUUCUCAAAUGCUGAUCAUGACAGGAUUCGUUCACGAUUGCGUGCUUGCCUUUGCCUUUGCCUUUCCCGAGUCCAGCUCAUUUAACUCGCCGCUCUUAACUCUUAAACUUGUCCAUCGUUCUAACGUUUCCAGAUCACGAGUCCGUAUCGCAAACAAAUGAGCAGGACAACACUCCGAAUCAAGCCAAUGGCUGCUGCUUCUUCGACUUCCCCAGUUUCUUCAUCCUUCCCAGUAACUCUGCUGCUUCUUCUUCUUCUUCUAUCUACACAGGAUUGCCCCACUUUUGCAGUCUCUCGCUCAACUGCUGCGUUUCUUCCUGGGUUUCAAGGGCCCCUUCCUUUCCAUCUUGAAACUGGGUAUGUGGGGGUUGGAGAAUCAGAGGGUGUGCAGCUUUUCUACUACUUCGUCAAGUCAGAGCGAAAUCCCAGACAAGACCCUCUGAUUCUCUGGCUAACCGGGGGCCCUGGUUGCUCUGCUUUAUCUUCCCUUCUCUUUGAAAUAGGUCCGCUUCAUUUUCGGAUGGAGGAAUAUAACGGUACUCUGCCUACACUUGUUUUAAAUCCAGACUCAUGGACCAAGGUUUCCAGCAUAAUUUUUGUAGAUUUACCUGCUCAUACUGGAUUCUCCUAUACAACAUUCCCCAUUGCUCCUCAGCGGAGUGACUCUAAACAAAUCCAACAUGCCGUUCAAUUCUUAAAUAAGUGGUUGAGUUUUCACCCGGAAUUCCACUCGAACCCAAUGUACAUUGGCGGGGACUCAUAUUCUGGAAUGAUUGUCCCUGCAGUUGCCCUUGAAAUCUCCAAAGGAAAUGAGAACGGUUUAGAGCCUUCAAUUAAUUUACAGGGAUAUUUGCUCGGAAACCCCUCAACAGACGGUUCUAUAGAUGACAACCAUAGGAUCCCAUUUGCUCAUGGUAUGGGACUUAUUCCCCAUGAACUCUAUGAGUCAUUAAAAAGAAGUUGUGGGGGACAGUAUCAAAAUGUAGAUCCUAGGAAUAAAAUGUGCGCCGGAUAUAUUGCAGCAUAUCAAAAGUGCGUUUCAGGAAUAAAUUUCGCACAUAUUUUGGAACCCACAUGUUUCUUUGCUUCCCCAAAACCACAGAAGUUCUCUGACAGGAGAUCUCUCGAUGGAAUGCCUGUAUCCUUGCUCGCCUCAGACCCUCAACCAUCACUUCCUCCUAUAGCAUGCCGAAAUUACCAAGGUUUGCUAUCUCAGUAUUGGGCAAAUGAUGGUUCUGUUCACAAGGCCCUUGGCAUCCGUCAGGGAAGCAUAGGGAAAUGGGUGCGAUGUAUUAAGACACCUUAUACCAAAGAAAUUGAAAGCAGUGUUCCAUUUCAUGCGAACUUGAGUGCUAAAGGUUACCGUGCGCUCAUAUACAGUGGAGAUCAUGACUUGGUUGUCCCGUUUCUGGGAACUCAAGCGUGGAUAAGAUCUUUAAAUUACUCCGUUUUAGAUGAGUGGAGGCCAUGGUUAGUCAAAGGCCAGGUCGCUGGUUGUUGUGCAGUUACACAAGGACAUAUUCAAAUGAGAUGACGUAUGCGACUGUCAAGGGUGGAGGGCACACUGCUCCGGAGUACAAACCUGAAGAAUGCUUUGCAAUGUUUGAGAGGUGGAUUUCUCAUAAACCAUUAUAAUUUUGAAGUAUUGAUCUGCUGAAAGUUCAAGCUUCUCGAUCGCCCAUCUUUUAAUCAAGCAAUCCCAUUUGAAGGAUGAAAUCAGAUGCUAGUAUAUCAGUCUGUCAGUUAAUUUGAAAGUCCCUAAAUUAUUGAACAGCUUUGUGUUUGUUUAUCUUUCUUUUCUGCAAAAAUUGAUUUUCCACCAUCUUCUCUAUUUAAAUAUAUCAUUUGACAUUCUGACUUCUAAUAAUCUUACGUGCAUGUGGCGUUCAAUGCAUCCAAUAUUUGUUUUGUUUAGAGGCUCAAUGUCCAUAUCUCUGUUUGGUUCAUCGAUACUUAUUCUUGUAAAGUCCUAAAUCUGCUUGGAGGUGUCUUUCUAAAGAAUGAUUUCCAAGAUUGUGAG